AAAGGCCCACCCGCCAUGAAGCGCAAGAGCGAAACACCUGCCAAUGGCAAGGCCAAAAAGCGCGCCAUCUCCGACGAAGAAGCGCACGAUAAAUUCCGCGACGGUCUCUUUGAUAGCAAAGUGCUCGAGGGGUAUACCGACUACUACGUCACCUCACAGCCCUACAAGCACGCCGUAAUUCAAAAUCUUGUCGACGAUACCCUUCUUCGCAAUGUGCGCAAUGAGAUCCGCGAGCACAUCUCCUUCACUCCCAAGGAGACGGAUAUAUACAAGAUUCACCAGUCGGGUGAUCUUGCAAAUCUCGACGGCCUCGACGAUUCUGCCCUCAAACGUCUCCCGUCGCUUUUGACCCUCCGCGAUGCCCUAUAUUCAUCUGCCUUUCGCAAAUAUCUCUCGUCCAUAACUGGGUCGGGUCCCUUGAGUGGCCUCAAGACGGACAUGGCUGUGAACGUCUACACACCUGGUUGCCAUCUUCUUUGCCACGACGAUGUCAUUGGGAGCCGCAGAGUGAGUUGGAUUCUGUACCUGCUGGAUCCUGACCGCCCAUGGAAGCCCGAAUGGGGAGGUGCCCUGCGGCUUUUCCCUACCCGCAAUGAAAAGAUUGAGACCGGCGAGGAAGUCAAGGUCCCGCAACCUGACUAUUCGGUCUCGAUACCACCUGCCUGGAACCAGUUGUCAUUCUUCACUGUUCAGCCCGGCGAGAGCUUUCACGAUGUCGAAGAAGUAUACCGUCGCGCUGCUGAAGAGAUGGAGGAGGAGGAUGGAGGACGUGUCCGGAUGGCUAUCAGCGGUUGGUUCCACAUUCCCCAGGAAGGCGAGGAUGGCUAUGAAGAAGGACUAGAGGAAAAGCUGGCAGAGAAAAGCUCCCUGGCGCAACUUCAAGGAGGCAAAGCAGACGUUUUCGACGAACCGCAAUCACACUGGGUCGAUAACCCUCAUUGGGAAGAGCAAGCCAAGACCGAAGAUGAUGAAAUGACUGCGGACGAGAUGGACUUCCUCAUUAAGUAUAUGAACCCUAAUUACCUACUCCCCGACACCGUGGAAGAACUCUCCAAAAUGUUCUCGGACGAAUCUUCGUUACGUCUCGCCGAGUUCCUUUCUCCCAAGUUUUGCGCACGAUUGCGCGACUAUCUCAACUCAAAGGACCAUGAAUCCGAGCCUCAUCUUUCACCGAACCCCCUUCAUAAAGACCUAUCCGAAGUGGGUGUCGCGCGCCCACCUCACAAGCAUCGCUACCUGUAUCGAAAAGCCGUGCAGCCAAUACAGGUCACAUACCCCGACAGCGCAGUCUUGACGCCUUACGACGAGCUAGUAGACAUACUCUUUCCCCAUCCUGCCUUCACCAAAUGGAUCUCACUCGCUACUGGCAUCACCCUUACAAAGAGCAAUAUCUACGCCCGAAGGUUCCGAAGGGGUAUGGACUACACCCUCGCCACCGCCUACGAAGAAGUCGAUCCCCAGCUGGAAAUAUGCCUGGGAAUCACCCCAUCCAAGGGCUGGGGCGAUGAAGAAGAGGAAAUAGCGACGGAAGAAGAUGCACAGCAAAAUGGUUCCUCGAGCAAAUCCAAUGCCAAGACGGCAGCGAAACCGGAAGAAGAAGUUGGCGGCUACGAAAUGUACAUGGCUGGAGAGGAGGAGCCAGAUGAGCAACAGCAGCAGAAAACGAACGAAGCUAAUGUGGCCGCUGCUGUCGAAGCGCUGACGCACACCGGUGCUGGCCAGAGACGCAAGGCUAAAGUCGAUCCUGCCGUGUACAAGAGCGCGGGUGAUGACGAAGACGACGGCAUUCUUUUCUCUCAACCCGCUGCUUGGAAUAAUCUUGCCAUUGUUCUACGCGACCGCGGCGUUUUGCGCUUUACGAAGUAUGUAAGCAAAGCUGCGAAAGGGGACCGCUGGGAUGUGUGUGGUGAGUAUGGUGUUGAGUUUGGCGACGACGAAGAUGACGACGAGGAAGAUGAGAAGGAGUAG